AUGCCCUCUCGGGAUCAGCUGGUGCAGCAGGUGUUGCGGGAUCUGCAGGAGGCAGUGGAGUCCGAGGGCCUGGAAGGUCUCAUCAGUGCUGCCCUGGAGGCCAAGCAGGUCUUAUCUUCCUUCACCCUCCCGGUCUGUCAGAAGGGUGGCCUUGAGCCCCAGGUGCUGGAGGUGGACUCUGUGGCCCUGAGCCUGUAUCCAGAGGAUGCUCCGCAGAACAUGCUGCCCUUGGUGUGCAAGGGGGAGGGGAGCCUGUUGUUCGAAGCAGCCAGCAUGUUGUUGUGGGGGCACACGGGCCUCAGCCUGGAGCUGCGGGCCCGCACCGUGGUGGAGAUGCUGUUGCACCGGCACUAUUACCUCCAGGGCAUGAUCGACUCCAAGGUGAUGCUGCAGGCUGUGCGCUACUCCCUGUGCUCCGAGGAGUCCCCUGAGAUGACCAACCUGUCCUCUGCCACACUGGAAGCCAUCUUUGAUGCCGACGUCAAGGCCACGUGCUUCCCCACCAGCUUCUCCAACGUGUGGCACCUGUAUGCCCUCGCGUCCAUCCUUCAGCGCAAUAUCUACUCCAUCUACCCCAUGCGCAAUGUCAAGAUUCGACCCUAUUUUAACCGCGUUAUCAGGCCGCGCCCCUGCACCCAGGUGACCUCCAUGUUGCACAUCAUGUGGGCUGGCCAGCCCCUUACUAACCACCUCUUCCGUCAUCAGUAUUUUGCCCCGGUGGUUGGGCUGGAAGAGGUGGAGGCUGACGGUGCCGCUACCCUGGACCCCACUCCUCCGAUCCUAGGUCCUCUGCUACCACCAGCCAAAACCCUGGAACUGCUCAACCAUGAACCUGGCCUUAGCUACUCCCACCUCUGUGACCGCUCCAGCAUCACGAAGAGCACCUUCUACCGCUGGCGGCGGCAGACCCAGGAGCACCGGCAGAAGGUGGCCACCCGCUUCUCUGCCAAGCACUUCCUGCAGGACAGCUUCUACCGUGGGGGCCUUGUGCCAUUGCAGCAGUUCCUGCAGAGAUUCCCUGAGAUCUCCCGUUCUACCUACUAUGCCUGGAAGCACGAGUUGCUGGGCUCUGGUGCCUAUUCAGCUCUGGUCCCGGCUGCUCCCCCCACGGAGGCCCUGGCUGUGCCAGAGCUGGAGAGUCUGCCAGGGAAGAAGGCUGCCGAGGGUCUGGGGUGUUCCCCAGCGGCAGCAGCUAUGUCAAGCCCUAGCAUGGUCUUAAUGCAGCGCGCCAAGUCGUACCUGGAACAUUGCAUCUCUCUGAACAAACUGGUACCCUAUCGCUGCUUCAAAUGCAGGUUCCCUGGCAUCUCGAGGUCCACCUACUAUAACUGGAGGCGGAAGGCCCUCAGGAGGAGCCCCAGUUUCAAGCUGGCUCCAGUUCUUGAAACCACUGAGUCUCUACCCCCAAUAGAUGUUGGGGACGAGGCCCUGCUCUCUUCGAAGGGUGAGGUGGGAGAAGAGGGGACCGGGAAAGCAGCAGCUGGAGGCCCUCCAACUUCCCAGCGGCUCAUACCCGCAAGGAUGCCCCUGUCUCGUUGGCAGAGGCGACUACGCAGGGCUGCCCGCAAACAGGUACUUAGUGGGCACCUGCCUUUCUGUCGCUUCCGCCUCCGCUACCCUAGCCUGCUACCCUCCACUUUUUGGGUAUGGAAAAGUCUUUCCCGGGGAUGGCCCAGGAUGCAGGCCUCCUCUCUGGGUCGAAGGAGGCAGAAGCCAAAGGAUUGGCAGAAGCCAGAUGAAUGGCAGAUAGAAGCUGUUGAGAAUGUAACAUCUGUGAUUGGUCAUCAGGUGGAGACACUGCCAGUGGUCGCUUCUUCAGAAACCUCCCCAGAAGAUGCCCAGAGAGAGCCUUCUAGAGAGGGGGCCAUUCAGGAGACAGCUAUGACCCAGGGCCAACCCCACAGUGGGUCCCUGUCAGGCCAGACUGUGGCAGCGGCGGCAGCGGCAGGUGGCAGAGAUGGCCAGGUGCUGGUGAUGGACAUGCUGACCACCACAAGGUUCAAGGCCCAAGCCAAGCUGUUCCUGCAGAAGCGCUUCCAGUCCAAGACUUUCCCCUCCUACAAGGAGUUCCAAGCUCGCUUCCCCCUCACUGCCCGCUCCACUUACUAUAUGUGGAAGCGGGCACUCUUUGAAGGCCUCACGCUUGUUGACGGCUGA